GUGAAUAGCCUUAUCAUCAAGAUCGCCUACCGUACCCCUCAAAUCUAUGAUUUCAGUUUGUUCGUGUUACUUUUUUGGAGCCUCAAUGUAGCUGCAUCAAUUGCUUUCGGUGUUUUCGUCAGUUCCACAGGUCGAAGCUCAACAAUGCACAGGAAAUUUUUCCAUCUGACGGUGUCGCUGAUCUAUGUGUCCGGGUUAUUUUUUGAUCGGGACUUUAUAUGGCUGAGUGGAUGGUUGAUGAUUUGUAUAUUUGUUAUAAUAGAGGUGUUGCGUUUCUUCGAAGUUCCACCAUGGAAAGAGCAACUGAACAAUUUCCUUUUGGUGUUCAAAGAUGAGCAGGAUUCGGCAGUACUGCUCACCCCAAUCUUCCUCCUUUUUGGAGUAGCUGCGGUUGGUGUCGGUGACAGUGCUGCAGCUAUUAUUGGAUCCAAGUUCGGGAUUACGAAAUGGCCACGAAGGAAGAAGACCGUUGAAGGAUCGCUAGCCAUGACUGUGGCGAUCGCAAUGUUUCUCACUAUGGCACGACCUUUUUGCGUCUUUCAUGCGUCGUCAUGCCUCCUUAUUGUCUUCGUUUCUCUCGUCUUAGCUGCCAUUGAAGCGUUUACAGAAAAUGUUGACAAUAUAAUUCUUCCGGUUGUCGGAUAUUUGCUCUUAUAG